GCUCCAGACCCGGCCGCCGCCGGUCGCUCUGCUGGUGGGUCGGUCAGUUGGUCGGUGGGUCAGUGACCUGCAACUCGGCUCUCAGCUCUCAUGUUCGGAGGUGGGAAGGACACGGGAGCGGCCCGCACACCUGAGCCGCCCGGAGCGGAGUCCCGCACCCAGUAGGAGGAGGAGGAGGAGGCUGAGCAGGGAGAAGGAGUCAUGGCUUCUGAGGCCAGCCACGCGCUGGCAGCUGCCCUGGAGCAGAUGGACGGGAUCAUUGCAGGCACGAAAACGGGUGCAGAUAUUGGUGACGGUACCUGUGAGCCUGGACUGGCCUCCCCGGCCUCCUACUUGAACCCCUUGCCAGUGCUCCAUCUCGUGGAGGACCUGAGGCUGGCCCUGCAGACGCUGGAGCGUCCUCAGGAGAGAGCGGCACUCCUGAGCCAGAUCCCGGGCCCCACAGCUGCCUACAUAAAGGAGUGGUUCGAGGAGAGCUUGUAUUACAGAUCCACUGGUACUUUUCAGAUUGGCACUUUUAGGUAG